AUGGCCAGCCUCACCUACAGACUCAAAGACCAUAUGUCCGACGCCAUUGCGCUGCUGCACCACCUUGGAUACGACCACGACGUGAGGAUAGUGGGGCACUCUAUGGGCGGCAGAGUCACUUCCGCUCUGAGCGUCACCAAGCCUGCGCUGUUUAAAGCUUUUGUCGUAAUGUAUCCGCAUUACUUUGCCCUCGAAGCCAUGUCAGCGCAGGUCAUUGCAGCGUAUGAUGCAGCGGGUGGGAACGUCACGGCGGUUGAUCUGCAGUUCUGGCCGAGCUUGUAUGGCGAAAACAUCCCGCAGGAUGAAGACGUGGUAUUUGAGGCGUAUGGAGGAGACGUCGCCGCACGUGAUUCGGGGUUGCGUUGA